GAAAUAAAAUACAAACACCCUUCAACUAUAUAUGAAAAUUAGUAAGGAUAGAAGUUUCUCUUUUACUAUAAAGUUCUAAGGAUGCCACUAUAUGAAACUUGUUUUCACGAAAAAUUUUGAAAACAGGUUUUAAAUCAACAACUAUUCAAAACGUAUUUCUUGAACGAUUUUGAUGAACAAAAUCUCAUUUUAAAAAUAAAGGUUUAAGGAAGAACGUACCUUUUCCGAAUUUUUUAAAAGAUUUUAUUUGUAUGCAUGAACUAUUAUUGUUGAACAAACAUCAUAUUUAAUUUGAAUUUUUGGAGGAAAAAAAGCUUUUUUAAAAGUUCACUGGCAAAAUGACAAAUGAAAUAAUUUCAAUUAUUGCCUAGAAUAUUUACAUAGAAAACAAAAAACAUAAACGACGACAGUAAAUAUUCAAGAACAAUUUUAUAUUUUUUAUACUGCCGCCAUCUAGUGAUGCAGAAUAUAACAUGAGCUCAAUCAGCUUAUAAGAGUUUUCUGAGCUAGAGACAUCUUUUUCUUAAGCAUUAUUAUUGUUUCAUAAUUGGUGGAAAUUUUAUAUUAUUUUAAUUAGAUUUAUAAAAUGUGGUUUUGCAUAUUUUAAAGCAUUUUCACUAUGAAUCAGUAUUAAUAAAUUAAUAUUUAAAGAUCUUAUAUGGUUAGUAAAACAAAUAUAAAUAUCGUUACUUUUAUAUGUAAGUGAUUGUCGAAUGAACUUGCGCAUAAAGAAUAGUAUGCGUGUAAUAUGUACACGUAUUAAAGUGUGAGGAUAAAGAGUGUAAACAACAAUAAUUACAAUUUGACUUAUGGUCAUGUGAAAUUCCUCUCUGGUUCUAUAAAAUUGUUAACUCUAUCAUUUGUAUACGUAACGAUAAAAAAUAUGGCGACGAUGGAUGAAACAAAGCUGGAUAUGUACGAUGAUGCAACAUAUACUGUGGAUCCUCAAAAUGUUGAAGGAGAGAUGACAGUAGGACCCAAACAAAAAUCAAGCCUAGGUGAACUAGAAUUUAAUACAUUAGAUGAACCAAUAAGAGAUACAAUUCUUAGAGAUGUUAGAGCUGUAGGCAAGAAAUUCUAUCACGUUUUAUAUCCUAGGGAGAAGAAAAGUUUAUUGAAAGAAUGGGACCUCUGGGGACCGUUAGUGUUAUGUACAUUUAUGGCAAUGAUAUUACAAGGAUCAUCUGGUACAGUUGAUAAUUCUAACGAUGGUGGACCUGAAUUUGCAGAGGUAUUUGUUAUAGUAUGGAUCGGAUCCAUGAUUGUCACACUGAAUUCUAAACUUUUAGGUGGUAACAUAUCAUUUUUCCAAAGUGUCUGUGUCUUAGGAUAUUGUUUAUUGCCAACUGCCAUUGCAUUAAUCUUAUGCAUAAUUAUAUUAAUGGUAGAACAAAGUACUUUUUUGUUCAUACUCAGAUUUAUUAUUACUAUGAUUGGGUUUAUAUGGGCCACAUAUGCAUCUAUGGCAUUCCUUGGAGAUAGUCAGCCUGUUGGAAGAAAACCUUUGGCUGUUUAUCCUAUUUUUCUAUUUUACUUUGUUAUUUCAUGGCUAGUAAUAUCACAUACGACAUAAAAUCAAAUAUAAUAAUUAACAAUA